GUUCAGUCACUGCUAUUUUAUUACCUACGCAUAGGAAAGGAGGGGGAGUGACAGAGAAGGACAUUUAGAAGGAAGAAAUACAUAUCAGGGUGGGGUUUGAGAGUUGGAGAAUGCAGACAACCUCACUGGAUUAAGUGGGUGGGGAACAGAGAUACAGUGAGGAGAAGAGGGAGGAGUUGGUGAGGAGGAAGAGUGAAAGAGAAAGAACAGGAAGGAGGGAAAGGGAGGGGCAGAAAUAGGCUCAGAAGAACUUCAGUGUGUUUUGUCUCCGCCUCAAACAGCACAGGGAGUGGAGUGAGUGUUGGGAGACGCAACCGUUUGCGUCUAAACUAUUUCACCGCUGUCUUCUAAUUCUCCAUUCUCUUUGCAUUAUUUUGUUUUUUGCGGAGCGUGCGUGACAAACCCCUCAGCGACAACAUGGAUAACUUCCAGACCGUCCUGCGCUUUUUCAUGAACCAGAAGGCCACUAUUGGCUACAGCUUCAUGGCUAUCCUGACCAUCGGGGGAGAGCGAAUCUUCUCCAUGGUCUCAUUCCAGUGCCCCUGCAACCACGACCAGAACUUUGCAUACGGCCUGACCUUCCUGUUGGGCCCGGGCCUGGUGCUUCUGGUGCUGGGUCUUUUCUUCAGCAGCAGGCUGUGGCGCCUCUAUACUGGCUGUUGCCUAAACCCCAUUAAGCUAUGCCCCAGGGGCAACUGUUUCGGCUGCCUCAAAGUGUUUGUCAAAAUCUUCUCCGGUGCCUGUGUGGCCCCUAUCAUGUGGCUGUGUGUGGCACUGUUGAACGGGACCUUCUACGAGUGUGCCGUCAGCGGGCUGGAUGAUAACCUGGUGGUGGAUCUGUUCUGUAAAAACAAGACCUUGAUGUGCCGGGAGGAGUUGGCCCGCGUGCCCUGCAGCAAGUCCAAGCUACCCAGCGACGAGAACAUGGAACUGUUGCUCAUGUUCCGCGCUCAGUCACAGAUACUGGGCUGGUGUAUUAUCAUCAUUUCAGCCGUUCUAGGGCUCCUCGGGACCUGCUACACAAACUGCCGCUCAAAGGUCAGCUACCUGCAGCUCACCUUCUGGAAGCGCUACGUAGAAAAGGAGAAGGAGCAGUUUGACACAUUCGCUAUGGAGUAUGCAUCCAAGCUGGCCGAGAGGAACCUAAAGAGCUUCUUUGAGAACCGUGACCCGGAGAUAUUCCCAUUCCCCAACCACAAGGCCUGGGAGGAGAUCUCAGCCCUCUACACCUUCUCCAAGAGUGAGCAGUGCUACAGCACUCUGCAGAGGUAUGUGGAGCGUGAUGACCGAGACUACAGCCCUGAGAAAAGACCAGUCAUGGAGCUGGAGCACGGCAUAGAGAUGGGCUGAGAGAGGGGCAGACAAUGGCAGAGUAUGAAUUAUAGUAUAUCCUAUUUGUUUUACCUUUAUAAAUGGCAUGUAGUAAAUGCAGUAGAUUUAACUCACAGACUGAGAAGAAGCGUUGUUGCCUGCAUUUCCCCCAAAGCACUGACAUAUACACAGAGCACCAUUCAGAUAGUUAUUACCAGUGACACAGCAGUGAUUUACCAAAGAAUGCAACCAUUGCAGAAGUGGUGAAACAGUAGGGCUUCUUGUCUGCUGGAACCCACAGUUCGUGAAUGGUCAUGAACACUAGCUGAUGCAAUGUCCCUGUCAUAACAAACACUUUGAUUUGACAAAGUCUCCUCUACCUCUCUUUGACAUGCCUUUGAAGCGUUUCAUUCACUUUACUGGUACAUAAUGGUAGGAGAGCUAUUGUAAUUGUAUAGUUUUAAUUGGGUAUUUUGUGUGUAAUAUUGCACCACAAUAUGAAUGCUACAUGAAUGACAGAGUUGUACCAUGCAAUUUGCUUGAAAUGUUUACCCAACUCAAUGUUUACAUUAUUAUGACAACCUGAGCACCAUAAAGUGUCUUUCUAUGGCAGUACAAGCGAAGCUUGUAUUUUAUGUUAAUUUGGGAAUAACUCUGCCAUUACUACCGUCCUGUUCAAUUAUUGACGUCAAUAGUAGUCAAUAACUCACACAUUAAGAGGUAAUAAAUCAUGUAUGACAUACGGGAUAUUCUCACUGGAUUCUACAAAAAAAAUUGUUGAACCUGUUUAUUUAUUUUUGUUCUCCUUUCUCCUAACAUCUGUAAAAUCCCUACCAUGUAAUGUGUAAGCACUAAAUUAACAUGUACAUAGAACAUUAUUUGGACAUGUUGUAUCAUGCCUGAUAAAAAAACAUUUUAGGGUGGUGAGUUUGUGUGUAAAAACGGUCCAUAUUCCACCAUGUUUGACUAAGAGGGGGAGAAUGCAGCCAUAUCGGUGUAGUUAUAGUACCUUCAGAAAGUAUUCAUACACCAUUACUUGUGCCACAUUUUGUUGUGUUACAGUCUGAAUUACAAAUGGAUUCAAUUGAUUUUGUUUCUCACCCGUCUACACACAAUACCCCGUAAUGACAACAUAGAAAUGUUUGUAAAUGUACUGAAAAUGUAAUACAGAAAUAUCUCAUUUGCAUACGGUACCAGUCUCAAGUUUGGACACCUACUCAUUCAAGGGUUUUUCCUUAUUUUUUACUAUUUUCUACAUUGUAUAAUAAUAGUGAAGACAUCAAAACUAUGAAAUGUAAUAAAAACAAGGGCUUCGGGGGAACACAUAGUCCAGGUAGCCAUUUGAUUACCUGUUCAGGGGUCUUAUGGCUUGGGGGUAAAAACUGUUGAGAAGCCUUUUUGUCCUAGACUUGGCACUCCGGUACCGCUUGCCAUGCGGUAGUAGAGAGAACAGUCUAUGACUGGGGUGGCUGGGGUCCUUGACAAUUUUUAGGGCCUUCCUCUGACACUGCCUGGUGUAGAGGUCCUGGAUGGCAGGCAGCUUAGCCGCAGAUGUACUGGGCCAUACGCACUACCCUCUGUAGUACCUUGCGGUCAGAGGCCGAGCAAUUGCCGUACCCGGCAGUGAUGCAACCAGGCAGGAUGCUCUCGAUGUUGCAGCUGUAGAACCUUUUGAGGAUCUCAGACCCCAUGCCAAAUCUUUUUAGUUUCCUGAGGGGGAAUAGGCUUUGUCGUGCCCUAUUGACAACUGUCUUGGUGUGUUUGGACCAUUCUAGUUUGUUGUUGAUGUGGACACCAAGGACCUUGAAGUUCUCAUUGGGUGCCCAUAAAACUGCUGCAUUUCUUCCGGCGCCAUUUUAAAUUCAGGUUGUAACCCAACAAAAUGUGGAAAAGCAAAGGUGUGAAUACUUUCUGAGACACUGUAGGUGUACGUGUUUAGACCUGCCUUCUCAGACAACCGAGGGCCUCAGGCGCCAAGUGCCUCUCAUCUCAGCUCUCUAUUACGUCAUGUAUAACUUCCAUAACCUUUGGCUGCUUUGUUUCCUCAGUCUUGGAAGAUCAGAAAGCUAUUUAAUUAAAAACAAUCUGAAAAGUAGCUAUAUACUGAGUGUACAAAACAUUAAGGACACCUUCCUAAUAUUGAGUUGUACAGCCUCAAUUCAUUGGGGCAUGGACUCUACAAGGUGUCGCAAGCGUUCUACAAGGAUAACGGCCCGUGUUGACUCUAAUGCUUUCCCACAGUUGUAUCAAGUUGGCUGGAUGUCCUUUGGGUGGUGGACCAUUCUUGAUAUACACAGGAAACUGUUGAGCAUGAAAAUCCCAGCAGCAUUGCAUUUCUUGACACAAACCGGUGUGCGUGGCACCUAUUACCAUACCCCGCUCAAAGGCACUUAAAUCUUGUGACUUGCCCAUUAACCCUCUGAAUGACACACUUACACAAUCCACGUCUCAAUUGUCUCAAGGCUUAAAAAUCAUUCUUUAACAUGUCUCCUCCCCUUCAUCUACACUGAUUGAAGUGGUUUAACAAGUGACAUCAAUAAGAGAUCAUAGCUUUCAGCUGGAUUCACCUGGUCGUUCUAGGUCAUGGAAAGAGCAGGUGUCCUUAAUGUUUUGUACACUCAGUGUAGCUCUGGUUCGGUUUUCUUUAAUUAAACAGCCACUACAAACUUCGGCUAACUUUAGCCACCACAAGCUAGCAGUCAAUGGAAGUGAUAAAGGGAUGGGAUCAUGUAUGUCUUUAAUGGCCAUAUCAUCUCCAUAUUUGGUUUCAUGUCACGGCAGGGUAGCCUAGUGGUUAGAGUGUUGGACUAGUAACCGAAAGGUUGCAAGUUCAAAUCCCUGAGCUGACAAGGUACAAAUCUGUCGUUCUGCCCCUGAACAGGCAGUUAACCCACUGUUCCUAGGCUUUCAUUGAAAAUAAGAAUUUGUUCUUAACUGACUUGCCUAGUUAAAUAAAGGUAAAAUAAAAUUAUAGGCAGGGCUCCAAAUAAAAAUAAAUCCUUAAGUACUAAUGCAUCCAACUUAGAAAGGUUAGGAGCAUAAUAUAAAAUUCAGGAGAAAAAUUGAUUGAGAUACUUUAUAGCCUAUAUGAAUUCCAGCUACUUCUGAAGCACGUGGCCUAGAUAUUAAUAUGUUAAGACAUUUGGUUAUUACAAAAACCUAAUGUUGAUACAAAUACCUGUUAUUGAAAUUACAAAGGAAUAUUAGGUUUGUAUGUUGUGUAAAAGCACCAUUUUUCUAUUGAGUGUAAGUUACCAGGUUGUUAGCUAGAACACUGUACAAGGUGUAGGCCUAAAAGGUUGUUAGCGGCCCGCGAGUAAUACUCACUGGGUGAAAAGAGUCAAUAUCAAGGGAUAUCUUUAUCUAUAUAUUUACAGAUAUCUAACCUUUUAUUCAAUACCUUAUAUGGAAUAGACAUGCUCCAGAUACGCAGAUUCUCCAGAUUCUCCGUAAUGGGACAGUUUCUACAUGCAUCCAAUCCGGACCUACAAAAUCUUCCUGCUACCAGGGAGAUAUUUGGGGUGAGAUACAUUCAAGACACGCACCUGAUACCCGCUUAGGUGCAAAGCUGUCAUCAAGGCAAAGAGUGGCUACUUUGAAGAACCUCAGAUAUAAAAUAUAUAAUUAUUUUAUAACACUUUUUUGGUCACUACAUGACUCCAUGUGUGUUAUUUCAUAGUUUUGAUGUCUUCACUAUUAUUCUACCAUGUAGAAAAUAGUAAAAAUAAAGACAAACCCUUGAAUGAGUAGGUGUAUCCAAACUUUUGACUGGUACUGUAUAUUUUAAAGUUCAAUCUUGUAGGUCUGUGUCAUGACUUCCGCCGAAGUCGACUCCUCUCCUUGUUCGGGUGGCGUUCGGCGAUCCACGUCACCAGCUUUCUAGCCAUCGCCGCUCCAUUUUUCAUAUGUCCAUUUGUUUUGUCUUGUUCCAUACUGGUUUUCAUUCCCCAAUCAAUCUACAUUUAUUUAGUCCUCUGUUCCCCAUCAUGUCUUUGUGUGUAAUUGUUCAUUGUUAACGGUGUAUGUUUACGCGCGAUACUUUUAUAGUUUAUGUUCCGUGUUUUUGGGCACUUAUGUCAUUUUUGUGCCUAUUGUUGAACAGAAUAAAAGUUGCGCCUGUUUACUCUA